UGUCUGCGCUCCGCACGCCCCGCUGUCGCGCCGGAGGGGGCGGGGUGCGUAUAGAAGCGGCGCCGCGGCGGAGCUCCAGCAGGACGCAGCGCACCAUGUUCCGCUCACCUCCGCUGCGCGGACCGGGCCGGGCCCUGCAGGAGAACGGGCUGCAGGCCGAGGAAGAGGAGGAGGAGGAGGAUGAAGAGGAGGAGGAGGAGGACGGAGACCUGGAGGAGGAGGAGGACGCGUCUCACCUGGAGAAGUUCAUGAGGGACCGGAGGAGAGCGCGCUCCCUGCCGGCCUACCCGGCGGCGCUGCUGAACGGGGACCCCGGCAGGAAGCGGGUGAAGUUCGCGGACUCCAUGGGGCUGACGCUGGCCAGCGUCAAGCACUUCAGCUCCCAGGAGGAGCCGCAGAUCCCCUCCAAGGUGCUGUCCCGCCACCGGAGCUUCCCGCCGCCGCAGCAGGACGCCCUGGCCGGGCUGUGCCACAGCUUCAGGUCCGUGCUGGACACCGGCCGCCUGGUGGCCUCCUUCCCGGAGCCGCGGGACGCGGAGCGGCGCGUCCGGGAGCUGCGCGUCUGCCUGGAGACGCUCACCGUCACGCGGUUCGACGUGCGGGGCCAGGUGCGGGUCCUGCGGGGCAGCUCGGUGCGGGAGGUCGGGGUCAGGUACACCUUCAACGACUGGCUGUCCUACGUGGACGCGCAGGCGGUGCCGGCGGGGGAGCCGCGCGCCGAGGGGCUCCGGUUCGGCUUCACCAUGUCCACGCCGCCCUGCGUGGACCCCAGCGCCGCCGUGCACUUCGCCGUGUUCCUGCGGAGCGACGAGGGCGAGUUCUGGGACAACAAUCUGGGCCAGAACUACACGCUGCGGUACCGAGACUAGGAGGUCUGGAGGAGCUGCAGCUGCUUUCCACAUGAGCCGAGGGACCCGGUUCGGCCAGAACCACCCAGCGGAAAAGUUCUGGUUCUGAGGACAUCUGAAGCAGGUCCGCCUGGACCAACCUCCAGGUCCACAUGGUCUCCAUCAGGCCAAGGCAGGAUGCUGGUCACCAGAACCCCACCUGGACCCGGUUCUGAACCCCAUUGAAGACUUUUAGCCCCUCAGGAUGAAAUAAUGAAUACCAGCAAAGACUAGAAAGUUCUUCAGAACCACAGAAGGACUAAUGUCCAACCUUCUGGGUUUCUGGGCCCACAUUUUAAUUCUAGCAGAUGGUUCCGGUUCUGGAAGAAUAACAAGAGGAAAUGUUUCAUUAAUCAUUGGUUAAUUGACUCUGUCGGGUUUUAACAGAUCGUUAGUUAGUUUAUCAACCAGUCAGGACCGUUUACUGCUAGUUGCUCCUGUGAUCCAGAACCAGAACCCACUGGAUCCACUGAUCGUCUCAUAGUCCAUUGGACCCGGUACCAAUGCUGGGUGAUGAUCUGAUCACGUUAAGCUGCUUUCCUUCCUUAAAAGAGGCCCAGAAAGAAGAAGGAAAACACUUAAUGUGAGAUAAUAGUAACAUAUUUAAUUUCUUUAAUAUUAAUUAUUAUACAUGUUGUUUUUGCCCGAUAUUGGAGAACUUUAGGAACGACUGAUCAUUGCUUCGAUACGUGUAAAUCAUCCUAAAAACUUUGAAUUAAAAGUGUUUAACCACCUCAGAAAUUUGAAGUGAAUCUAGAAUUUAACCCAACAGGAAGCAGCUUUCAAUACAACAUGGCUGCCUGGCAUAGAGAGACCGGCUAGCUAAAGUAACUAGCCGCUAUUUUAGUCCCUUCCUUCAGUUUCUUCCUCCUGUUUGGUGCGUCGCUCACUGUUCUCAUGCGCUGAGCAGCCUGUAGCGCUAACAACAGCUAGCAUAAUCAACUAGCACGCGCUAAAAACAGUUAGCAUAAUUGACUAGCACGCGCUAAAAACAGUUAGCAUAAUUGACUAGCACGCGCUAAAACAGCAUAAUUGACUAGCACGCGCUAAAACAGUUAGCAUAAUCAACUAGCAUGCGCUAAAAACAGUUAGCAUAAUUGACUAGCACGCGCUAAAAACAGUUAGCAUAAUUGACUAGCACACGCUAAAAACAGUUAGCAUAAUCGACUAGCAUGCGCUAAAAACAGUUAGCAUAAUCGACUAGCACGCUAACAAUCCCUAAAUGCCAUGAAGCCACCGCAUCCUCCAGAAAGAGCUUCAGCUGCUGGUGAGAGAGGAAGCUGUCAGAAUAACAGGAGGGUUAAAGGUCCCACAUGUCAGAUUUAGUGACACCUAGUGGCUCAAACUGUGAACUGCAGCCAAGUUAGCGCCUCCAACCAUAAACUGAACCUUUGCUGUUUUCAGCUAGUCUCAGACUGCGUGUGAUGCAACAUGUGAAUAUCAGCUGCUCUAGUUGGGAAGCUUUAGGUCGUUUAAAGUCAAUAAAGCUGUAAUUUAUGUGGUUUCAAGUGAUUUAUGUUCUUUGUUUUAUUAUUAAACAAUAAACCAAAAAGAUCUUUAAAUGUUGGCUUUAUAGAAAAAAGAUACUUAAUAAUAAAGUAUAAAAAAUAAUUAUACAUAAAAAGGGAAAGGUAAUUUCAUUUUAUUUUAACAAUGUUACAUCAGUGUUUAGUAAUCUGUUGCAUAUUUAUCUUAUAAUAUGUUUUACACGAUGAUUUCCUGUAUGAUAAAUAAAAGCAUUAAAAAAACAUAAAAACUGCAAUUUAAUAAACAACAGCAACCCAAACAUAAAAAAGUUAAUAAAAAUUUGUUGAGCUCAAA